GAAGCUAUUAUUUUCCAUGACAGGUAGUGAAGCUAUGUAGGAAGCAGGGAGCGAUUUAGGAUUCGACCCAGAUCUUUUCUUAGUACCUUUUUCUGUCGUUUGUUCAGAUCUUGUUUGGCGUGUGUAGACGAGACACCUUUAUCUAUCUGCCCUUAGAAUCGCUUUUAAAAUUUAAUUUUAGGUUUUUAGAUAAUUAUUUAAUUUAGUUUUUUCAUUUUUAUUCGUGGAGAUCGAAGGGAGGAGAGGAAGAUAAGGUCGUUGUUUGCUAUAAUUCACAUCGUUAUAACGCCUCUCAUAACUGUGUUUGGGAAUGAAGGCCAAGAUGGCAGCGUACCUGUCUUUUUUCCUGUUCCUGUGCGUGGACGUAUGUGUGGUGACCUUGUUCGGGGCGACCCGGCCUUCCCCUCUACUCGUUCCUUAUUCCUUUACUACUCUCUGGGCCGGAGGACUGCUGAGGUUUAUCGCCCUUCUCCUGGUCACCUUUCUCUACCCGUCGAGCCCGGCGUGGAUGAGGUGUGCUAGCGGAGUCCAGACCUUAGCUGUGCACACUUUGGUGUAUCCUGUGUACGUCACACUGCGGUGGGCAGUCGGCUGGUCGACGCUGGAGCUCACCUGGGGCUGGCACACCUGGCAAGGACUGAUUCAGAGCUACGCCGUUUCGGCUCUCUCGCUGCUUCUGUGGGAACGCUACGUGCCAUCCGUCCUCACAAAGAAGAAGGUAGAGCCUAAGCAGAAAAGCCAGGCUUCACUGCAGAGACUGCUGGGAUACAUGAAGCCAUACCGGGGCCGGUUCACGGCGGUGCUCCUGUUCGUGGUAGCUUCGUCUCUCGGUGAGAUGGCUAUUCCACACUACACGGGUAAAAUCACAGACUGGAUUGUGAAGGAGGACGAACCCGACGCUUUUGCUAACGCCAUUAAAAUCAUGUCGGUCCUGACCAUCAUGAGCGCCGUGUUUGAGUUUGUGUGCGAUCUCAUCUACAACACCACCAUGAGCCUCAUACACACCGCCAUCCAGAGUCAGGUGUUCGAGUGUGUGCUGAAACAGGAAAUCGCCUUCUUCGAUAAAGCUUCCUCAGGAGAACUCGUGUCCCGAAUCACUAAAGACACCAACGACAUGAGCGAGUCCCUGAGCGAAGAGCUCAGCCUGCUCAUGUGGUACACCAUGCGUUUGAUUUUCCUCUACGGCUCCAUGCUUCUCCUCUCUGUGCGCCUGUCCCUCUUCACCAUCCUCGGCCUUCCCGUCAUUUGGAUCGUCCCGGAGUUUUCUGGAAAGUUCUACCAGACACAUGCGGUCAAAGUGCAGGAAUCUCUGGCCAAAUCGAACAGCGUCGCCACCGAGACGUUCUCCUCCAUCAAGACGGUGAAAAGCUUUGCCAACGAGGACGGAGAGUCAGAGAGAUACAAGAAGUGCUUGGAAGACACCUACUCGCUCAACAAAGUGGAAGCAGCUGGUUACGCGGCAUCAACCUGGACUAACAGCAUGUCCAGUCUGGCCUUAAAAGUGAGUAUCCUGUACUAUGGAGGUCAGCUGGUGGCAGGAAACACUGUGAGCAGUGGUGAUCUGGUGUCUUUUGUGCUGUUCGAGCUUCAGUUCAGUCACGCUGUCGAGGCUAUGAUGUCCUAUUACCCUCGGGUGAAGAAAGCCGUCGGCGCCUCAGAGAAGAUCUUCGAGUACGUGGACCGGAAGCCUGAUGUUCCUCCUGAAGGUUCCCUAGCUCCCAAGACGCUCAGGGGUCACGUGCGCUUCAACAACGUCACUUUUGCGUAUCCGUCACGGCCAAACGAGCGCGUUCUGGAUGGCGUUUCUCUGGAGCUGAAGCCGGGAGAGGUCACCGCUCUGGUAGGUCCAGCUGAUGCCGGAAAAAGCACCAUAGUCAGGCUGCUGGAGAGGUUUUACCAGCCCCCGGAUGUAAAGAUCUUGCUGGACGAUCAUCCGCUGAACGACUACAAGGAUCAGUAUCUGCAUGAGAAGAUCAGCGUGGUCUCCCAGGAGCCCGUACUGUUCGCCCGCUCCAUGAGAGAGAACAUCAAAUACGGGAAAACAGACGCUACUGAUGAAGAGAUGUACGAGGCUGCCAAACAAGCCUUCGCUCACAAAUUCAUCAGUGACUUUCCACACGGCUACGACACCAAUGCCGGAGAAAAGGGAGAUGAAGUAUCCGGAGGUCAGAAGCAGCGAAUAGCCAUAGCGAGAGCCCUGAUCCGGAAGCCGCAGAUCCUCAUUCUAGACGAUGCCACCAGUGACCUGGAUGCUGAGAGUGAGCAUAUGGUGCACCAGGCCCUCCUGACCAAUCCGAACGGUCGCACCGUGCUGCUCAUUACCAACAAGAUGAGCGGUGUGGAGUUAGCCAACAAGGUGGUGUUCCUGCGGGGGGGAAAGGUGGUGGAGCAGGGCACCCAUGACAGUCUGCAGAAGAACAACGGCCCGUACGCCGAAUUCGUCCGGCUUCAGAACACCAGCUUCCAUCGUAACGCUCAGGAAAACAACUAAACCUCCAACUCUAUGUGUAUUUAUCACACUCUACAAUCCACCUUCAUCUGAAAAUGCCCAAUUUCUCACAAGCUAACGAUAAUGUGAUUCCUGUUGAAUAAACCCCUCCAACGCACAAGGGCACAGAAAUUCAAACGUGAAACAAAUAUGCCAGUAUUCACAAGAUGACACUGAUGUUUACGAAGGGUGUCUACCAUCUACAUAGCACCUUUAUAACAUCCUGCAUAAACUCUUAUCAUGACGUUUAAAUCAACAAAACUUUAAGAAUCUUGAUCUAAACAGUUAUGUAUACCUUAUGAGGUGAAGUUAACUUAUUUAUGGUGAGGAGUAUUACACUGAGAAUUAGUUAGAGUUGCUUAUCCCUUUAGAAUAACAGUAAAGCAGAUGAACGCGCAUAAAAUAUAUACACACAGGAAUAAAACGUUCGAUGUUAUAGGAAAAUAAUAAUUUUCAUCCUUUUUAAUCCGUUUCUAGUUACAUUUUAUCGUUAUCGCAUAUGUUAUAGCAGACUGUUAUAAGUUACAUUGUCUUUAUUUGUAACAUAUACAUUGCAGCACAGUGAAAUUCUUUCUUUGCAUAUCCCAUCCAUGGGGGUUGGGGUCAGAGCGCAGGGUCAGUCAUGAUACAGCGCCCCUGGAGCAGGUUAGGUUAAGGGCCUUGCUCAAGGGCCCCCACAGUGGCAGCUUGUUGGCCCGAUCUUCUGGUCAACAACCCAGAGCCUUAACCACUUGAGCUACCACCGCCCCAACAGUCAUUCUGUCAGGUUUAUCUUGACGUUAAUUAUAGCUUGAGUCCUGACUCUGGAGACUCCUUUCACAAAUGUUAAAUAAAUGUCCCUUAAGAAAGCAGACAAGGCUGCAUGUUGGAAUAAAAUGGUUCCUAUUAGCUGGUACAUAGCUGUUAAUCCUUUUAUACAGAUAAUGUGAAGACACUGAGACACUGAAAUGAGAUGAAACUAUCAGAAAUAUCAACAGUGCAUUCAAAUGUUUUGGGGAAUUAUUAGAAUUAUUAAGCUUCGUAUGUCUAAAAUAACAGUUUUAACACUUAUCAACCACUAACCAAACUUCCAUGUGGAAAUACAACGGGAUUGCCAAUAUUUUCCUCGGAUAUGAUAAGAAAGGUAGAGAUGACUCAUUUAUCUCUGGUAAUCUUGGGAAUACUGGCAUAAAACGCUCAUGAAUGCUUAAGCAGUGCUUCAUGAACAUGUCAAACACUGCUUAUGAGCUUCUGUUUUCUCCAACAACUAUAUAAAUCAUUUGUGUUUUCUUUAGGGGUUUUAGAGUUUAGCAAAAUGAAUCCAGUGACUGUUAAGUUAUUACUACAUAGAAGGUAUAACAUAACUUAUAUCUAACUCGCUCCUUGUUGUCCUGAAGUUUUCUCGACAUCCGAUGUUUGUAUGAAGUGUUUGUACAUUUUAGGAUUUUUAAAUUAGGUGUAAAUAUCACAACCAUCAAGAAGAUAAUACAAAAGUUUAUUUCCAAUCAUAAAUCCCAGAACAUGAAAAUAAAAAUAAAAAAUAAAAAUAUAAAAACAUAAAAAAAUA